GUCCGACUCAGCUGAGUUUGUUUAUAAAUACGGGCCUUAAAUAGUCAGAGACCUAGUAUUUAUUAAAUAGAAGAAAGAGAAGAAGAAUAAAUAAACCAAAAUUAACCCUAUUUUAAACUGCUUGAUUUUGUGCUUGAUUAGUGGAUUAAAUUAAAUUCUAAAUACAAAUACAGUGCAUCUAAAUGUACUCCGUUUUACAUAAAAAAGAUAGUGCACAUGAGGAAUGUAUUUGGAGUUGUUUCUGGGGAAGAUAUUCACCAGAUAAGAAAAAAUCUAACGACGAUAAUCAAGGAGAUGAUGAAAAAUCUAGAGACUCCAUUAUGUCUGAUGAACCACCUGUUGACUACAUUGUUACUGGAGGUGUGGAUGACUUAGUAAAAGUUUGGGAGUUACAAGAUGAUCGUUUAGUUCUUAAACAUAAAUUGGAAGGACAUUCUCUGGGCGUUGUAUCAGUUGCAGUAAGCAAUAAUGGAAAAUUAUGUGCAUCUAGUUCUUUAGAUUCGAGUAUGAGGAUAUGGGACUUGGAAAAAGGUGAAAAAAUUGCUAAUGUAGAUGUUGGGCCUGUGGAUUUGUGGACCGUCGCUUUCAGUCCAGAUGAUAAUUAUAUUAUUUCUGGAUCUCAUGCUGGAAAAAUUACAUCAUAUAGUGUAGUUACUGCUAAAGCUGAGCAAACAUUUGAAACUAGAGGAAAAUUUACUCUCAGUAUUGCCUAUAGUCCUGAUGGAAAAUACAUUGCUAGCGGUGCCAUUGACGGUAUUAUUAAUAUUUUUGAUGUGGCAGCGAAUAAAUUAUGGCAUACAUUGGAAGGACAUGCUAUGCCUAUACGUUCGCUUUGCUUUUCGCCAGAUUCUCAAUUACUGUUGACUGCUUCUGACGAUGGACAUAUGAAACUCUAUGAUGUACAACAUACGAGUUUGGUGGGAACUUUGUCUGGUCAUGCCUCUUGGGUAUUAAGUGUAGCAUUUUCUCCGGAUGGAAAAAAUUUCGUAUCUGGAAGUUCCGACAAGACUGUGAAAGUUUGGGACGUUACAUCUAGACAAUGUGUUCAUACUUUUAAUGAACAUACAGAUCAGGUGUGGGGAGUAAAAUACAACCCGGAUAGUAAUAAAAUUCUUUCUGUAUCAGAAGAUAAAAGUAUAAAUGUUUAUAGUUGUCCUACUUAGUUUUAAAUAAAAAUAUAUUUUUAAUGAA